AUGCCUCGACACUCUCGCUCCGGCCUCGAGCUGCCUCGGCGCUCCUUCUUCGCCGUCUUCGCGCUCGUCUCGUUCGUGCUCCUCGCCACCUUCGCUUUCUCCAAGGGCUCUCCGCAGACGCUGAACAUCCGGCGCGAUGAUACCUGGAAGUCGCAGCUGAAGGCCAAGACGCGCGCCGCCCCGGCCGGCGACAAGUACCUGAUCGGCGCCGGCAAGGCUGACAUCACGGGCCCCGUCGUCGAGAUCGGCUUUGCCGGGUACGCGGACCUGGACCAGGUGGGAACCGGUCUGCGGCAGAGGAUCUACAGCCGUGCUUUCAUCGUGGGCGACGUGAGCAAGCCGGACGACCGGUUCGUGUAUCUCGUGUUGGAUACGCAGGGCGGUGACACCGCUGUUCGCAAUGGCAUUUUGGAGGGCGUCAAGGCUCUUGGGUCGGGCUAUUCCAUGUACAACAAGAACAACAUCGCCGUGACUGGCACGCACAGCCACGCUGGGCCGGGAGCUUGGUUCAACUACCUGCUGCCUCAGAUUACCAGCUUAGGAUUCGACAAGCAGAGUUACCAGGCUAUUGUGGACGGCGCUGUGCUCUCCAUCAAGAGGGCUCACGAAUCCCUGACUGAGGGCUACCUCGACGUGGGGACCACCGAGAUCGCGGACGGCGCCAUCAACCGCAGUCUGUAUGCGUACCUGGCCAACCCGGACGCAGAAAGGGCCCAGUACUCGGCCAGCACCGACACCACCCUCACUCUCCUUCGCUUCCAGCGGGCCUCCGACGGGAAGAACAUUGGCGUCCUGACGUGGUAUCCCACGCACGGCACGUCGAUCCUCCAGAACAGCACUCACGUGGCGGGCGACAACAAGGGCGUCGCCGCGUACCUCCUCGAGAAGGACCUCGCCGGCGACUCUAGCGCGGCCGAGGGCUUUGUCGCGGGCUUCAGCCAGGCCAACGUUGGCGACACCUCUCCCAACGUCCUCGGCGCGUGGUGCGAUGACGGUUCCGGCCAGCAGUGCAGUUUCGAGAACAGCACCUGCGCUGAUGGGAAGAGCCAGUCGUGCCACGGAAGGGGUCCGGCUUUCCAGAAGCUGGACCUUGGUAUUUCCAGCUGUUAUGAGAUUGGCAGGCGUCAAUUCGCCGGUGCCAAGAGCGUCUAUACUGCCCUGGCCUCCUCGGCGACACCCGUCACCGGUACCAGCGUCAAAUCGUUCCACUUCUUCCAGGACAUGUCGUUCUUCAAGUUUCCCCUGGCAGACGGCACCAUCGGCCAGACCUGUCCCGCAGCUCUUGGCUACUCCUUCGCUGCCGGAACCACGGACGGCCCCGGUGCAUUCGACUUCACCCAGGCUGACUCCAACGACCCGGACGCCAACCCCCUCUGGAAGGUCGUCUCCGGCCUUCUACGAACCCCCACCCCGGAGCAGGCCGCCUGCCAGCAACCGAAGCCCGUCCUCCUCGACGUCGGCGAACUGAGCACUCCCUACGCCUGGAGCCCUAACAUCGUCGACAUCCAGAUGCUCCGCGUCGGGCAGUUCGUCAUCGUCGUCGCUCCCGGUGAGGCCACCACCAUGUCCGGCCGCCGCUGGAAGGCCGCGGUGAAGGAGGCUGCCAAGACAAUCGUUGACGAUGAACCCAUCGUCGUCCUCGGCGGCCCCGCCAACACCUACGCACACUACAUCGCUACCCCUGAGGAAUACGGCAUCCAGCGGUACGAGGGUGCGUCCACGCUCUUUGGCCCCAACACCCUCCCCGCCUAUAUCAACCUCACCGUCUCCAACAUCGGCUUCCUUGCACCCUCCUCCACCUCCACCCCGCCCGCCGGCCCCUCGCCCCCGGACAACCGCCAGAACUCUCUCUCCUUCAUCACCGGCGUCGUCGUCGACGGCACCCCGGCCGGGAAGUCUUUCGGCUCAGUUGUAACCCAGCCCUCGGCCUCUUACGCCCGCGGCGCCGUCGUCAACGCCACCUUCCAGGCCGCCAACCCCCGCAACAACCUCCGUCUCGAGGGCACCUACGCCGCCGUCGAGCAGCUCCAAAACGGAGUGUGGACGCGCGUGCGCGACGACGAGGACUGGUUCCUGGUGUACACGUGGACCCGCACCAACUGGCUGCUGGGCCACAGCGAGGUGGUCAUCAGCUGGGAGACGGGCGGCGACGGGGCCGCUGCGGGGACGUACCGGAUCCGGUACUACGGGGACUCGAAGCCGUUGAUCGGGUCGAUCUCGGCGUUUGAGGGGGUGACGAAUAGUUUUACGCUGACUUAG